AUGGCGCGCGCAGUCGAUAGGAAUUUCCUCCUCACGGCGCUCGUGCUGGGCCUCGUCGGCUCUGCGCACGCGUACAAUGCCACCGGCAGCGAAAAUGCCACUCUGUCGGUGUGGAACCCGGCGUCCAACUCGUACCAGCCCGUCUCGUUCAUGCUCAACGCCGGCGUAAUAGAAGGCGUCCAGAUGAACGGGUCGUCGUACGACAAUGGCGAUAUCUAUGUCACCACCGAGGCGAUCUGGUUGACGGACAGUCAGGGAAACCAGGUCUGCACCGCGCCGUACACUCUCUGCGCGCUCGCCUUCCUCGGUGGCAUCGGCAACAGCUCGCUCAUCGCGCAGAUGCAUGGCGACACGGGCACCUGCGCGACGGCCUUUCCGUCAGCCUGCAUCGGCGAUCUCAAAGCAGCGAUCGGCAAUGCCGUACUGGACCGGGGCAGCAACAGCGCGACCAACGGGACGGACGAGCAGAUCUGCGCAGGGCUCAGCGAGGCGAUCGAGAUCCCGCACUCGUGCUGGCCGGUCGAGAACGUUCUGAACAAGUCUACAUCGCAGGCCCUGCUCACCACCUCCUCCUACUGCGGCACCCCAGGCAACCAGCCGUUCACCGUCAGCGGCUUCAACGCGUCGAUUGACCAGCUGGGUUCCGUCCUCGGCCAGUACGACAUGUACGUCGAGAGCUUCACGCCGGUACUGCUCGUUGCGUAUGGCGGGCCCAGCGGGCUGCAGAUCGUGGCCCAGGACCCGGUGCACACGCGAACCCUGACGUGCGUCCGGCCAGGGAAGGUGGCAGAGGGGUCGCGGAAGCCGGGGGCGGCGAGCCCGAGUUAUACGGUGCCAGGGGUGUGGAAUAUCGUGCUGCUAGUGGGCAGUGUGGUGGCAGGAUUGGCGGUGAUGUAA